GGAGAGGAGGGCAGAGUUUUGGGGCCACAGCACCAGGAGCCUUUGAAGCUGCAGGCGGUGUCCCCAGGGCCAGGGGUCAGGACAGGUCACCAGCAUCGUCGCGGGCAGGCCCGCAGCAUGAAUGGCCCCGCACUCCUGAGGAGAAAUGCUAGCAAACAGGGCCUGGAGAAGCUGCUGAGGCUCACAACUCAGUGGAGAGAGGAAGACAAAGAAGAGGCUGCCCGUGAGCAACGCCAACGGGAGCGAGAGAAGCAGCUGCAGGACCAGGACAAAGAUGAAGAAGGCGGCGGCCAUUCCCUGGAACAGCCAGCAGAGCAGGCACUCCUCAGUCUAAAGUCCUCUGAACUGGAUGAAGAUGAGGGGUUUGGUGACUGGUCCCAAAAGAUGGAGCAGCGGCAGCAAUUCUGGGAGAACGAGGGGACUGCAGAGGGUAGUGAGCCCUCUCAAAGUGAGAGUCCAGAGGAGAAGCAAGCAGAGGACAGGGCUUACGAAACCAAAGUCCACCUGGAGGAGUUAAACCUGAGCCAGGGGGAGCCCAAUCCAGAGGAUGCUAUUGGAAGUUCUGGGGAGGCAGAAGAGCACCUGACAAGUCAUCAGGCCAGGACCCCCAGCCCUUUGGCCUUGGAAGGGACUGUUGAACUGAGUUCACCUCCCCUAAGCCCCACAACCAAACUGGCUGAUAGGACGGAGUCCCUGAAUCGCUCCAUAAAGAAGAGCAACAGUGUGAAGAAGUCCCAACCAGCCUUGCCCAUUUCCACAAUUGAUGAGCGCCUGCAGCAGUAUACCCAGGCCACUGAGUCUGCUGGCCGAACUCCCAAGCUGUCCCGACAGCCUUCCAUAGAGCUGCCCAGUAUGGCUGUAGCCAGUACCAAGACUCGUUGGGAGACAGGAGAGGUACAGACUCAGUCUGCUUCCAAGACACCCUCCUGCCAGGAUAUUGUAGCUGGAGACAUGAGCAAGAAGAGCCUGUGGGAGCAGAAAGGAGGCUCCAAGAUCUCAUCCACCAUCAAGAGCACCCCAUCUGGAAAGAGAUACAAGUUCGUGGCCACUGGACAUGGGAAGUACGAGAAAGUGCUUGUGGAUGAAGGCUCGGCACCGUAGAUCAUGCAUGUAUCUUGGAGAGACUCCAGUCAGAUGCCACUCCCAGCCCUGACCAAGAAGUUGCUUCCCGUUGCCAGUCUGGCCUGCUCUCAUGCCUCCAACAACCCAGCUGCCACUUCCCUCUCCUUCUGCUCCUGGACCCUCCAUCUUCUAUGACUCUCAUCAUUUGACCAGUCCCCACCCCCACCAACACUGCCUCUCACCAUCAGCAAAAGGGACCACUCCCUAGAGGAGCCAAGAGCUCCCAAGGAAGGAUGGAGGAGAGAAGGCCAGCAUCCCAACCAGAUCCAAGGGGUACCUGUCUCCAUGCUAAAUGCUCAGGACUCUGAGUCUUGGCCUUCCCUAUUUGCAGACCCCUUGUUUUGUGUAAUAAAGUACCUUGAGUGUUCCCAUG